AGCAUUUUACCGGGCAAAAGGAAACGGGUGCAGUUUCAUAUGGCGCCAAGGCCAUUCAACUGUCAGCAGGCGGAACGCGAGAUAAGUGAUGUCCCUACAAUUCCACUUUCCCUUCCGAUUUGCGUGUUGCAACUCAAUGGGAUCGAUUCAACCUUACCAGCUUCGCGACUCGACCGGUAAGCAUGACCAGCAAAGAAGAUGCGAAGAGAACGGUAUUGGGCAUCGCCAAGGGGUACGGGUUCGUCGAUGAUGCGAUUCUAGAGGAAAUCGAAUCUUGGAAUCCAGACAUUCGGCGCAUCAUCGAGGAGAGCAUGCUCGCCAAAGAUCACUUGGCAGCGCAUUCCAUCAAAACUCUUGCCAAGAACAUUUACGGUAGCGAUGCGCGGUUCGUAUUCGAACUGCUCCAGAACGCAGAUGAUAACCGCUUCACUCACGCCACGGCCAGAGGCGCCCUACCCUACGUCUCCUUCGAUGUCCAUCCCGAUCGCAUCAUUGUUGAAUGCAACGAGGAUGGAUUCACCGAACACGACUUGUCGGCCAUUUGCACUGUAGGAGAAAGCACAAAGGCGGCGUCAUACGGGUAUAUUGGAGCCAAGGGUAUUGGGUUCAAGUCCGUCUUUAUUGCCGCCUGGAAGGUCUUCAUACAGUCUGGUAAUUUCUCCUUCUACUUCAAACACGAAAAGGGUGACCUUGGGCUUGGCAUGGUGUUACCGGUAUGGAAAGACACCGAAGAGGAGCUUCCUCGCCCGUUAACCCGCAUGACCCUUCAUCUCCACCAGAAGGGAGACCCGAGGGAGCUCCAGCAUCUCCAUGCAACCAUUUUCAAGCAACUUGGCGAUCUACAGCAGACAUGUCUUUUGUUCCUCCGCAAUCUCAAGCGGAUACGCAUUGCCUUCUAUGACGACGACGGUAAGUUGAAACGCUCCAAGGACUUCUGCAUCGGCAACGUCGACCAGCAUAGCGUCUCCAUUGAGACUGUCUCGACGCUUGCAGACGGUGAGACAACAACCGAGAAGAAGAACUAUCAUGUUACAAAGCACAUGGCGACCAAUUUGUCGAAGAGUGAUAAUCGGGAGCUCCCCGACACGGACGAAGCAAGGAGAGCAUCUUCCGCGGCCGAAGUCAUUCUGGCAUUCCCCCUGACGAGUGAUUCGAAGCCACUCAUCGAGCAACAUGAUAUUUUCGCAUUUUUGCCUGUCAGAGAGUCAAAGUUCAAGUUCAUUAUCCAAUCCGACUUUGACACAAGCGCAAGUCGGCAGGACAUUGUCACAACCUCGAGGAGGAACAUGGAGCUCUUAGAUGGUAUUGCCUCGGCAUUCAUCAAGGCUGUCUUAGAGUUUUGCGAGCACCCAAGUCUCUGCUAUACAUGGCCGAUAUUCCUUCCUCCGCUGGACGACGACUUUGGUUCUUUCUGGUCAGGCCUGAGCCAGAAGAUCAAGCACCUCGUAUCUGAGACUCCUAUAUUAAAGUCGCGCCAUAGAAAUGACCUUCGCAGGGUUCGCGAUGUUGUAACUCUUGCGAGCGACUUUAUUGAUAAGAAUGGAGAUCCUCUCAUUGAUGAUCCUGUUCUCGACCGGUUUCUUGCAGGUGCCUACCCUUGGAGCUCAUCGGGGGCCUUGGGAAAGUACGGGUUAUCAAUAAUGAACUUUGAUGUCGUGAUCGAUCAGCUGCAUGCCGAUCUUAAAACACCAGCAUCAAGGAUGAAGUCAAACCUUACAAGUGAGGAUUGGCACUCGGCUGUCGCGAGAAUUUUGUCCAGAAUUCUGCAAGAGGGGGGUAUCAAACAAAUUUCACGACUGAAAAAGAUUGAACAGCUUCCUUUGAGUGGUGGCCAGUGGGUCUCCGCUGCCAGUGGCCUGAUGUAUUUACCGACAACAGCUGGAAUCUCCAUCCCGCAAGGUGUCGCUCUCAGGAUCUUGGACCCUGCAGCGGUGACCAAUCAAGAUCGAAAGAAGCUUUUCAUUCAGCUCGGAGCUGUAGAGCCGUUAAUUAACGACGUGCGGACCUUGAUACUAGGGUUGUACAGGUCCAACAGCCUUGUUAGCUUGGCAGAGUCUAAGGCUCAUCUUCAUUACCUGUACCUGACUCAUCAGCCCAAGCAGACCAAAGGAAAUCUCAUGGUUUAUAUUUAUAAGAAUGACGGUAGUGCAGAAUAUCCGCAUAAAGAGGACUUUUAUUUGCCAAGCGACCACCCCUACGGUCCGGAAGCACUUCUGAAACCUACAGAUACCGCACCAGGCCUUCAAGUCGCGUUUGUGCACCCGGAAUACCUUGAGGGAAUUCCAAAAUCAACGGAUCAGUCACAUUUGUCAUGGGAGAAAUGGCUUCACAGCGCGGUUGGUGUUCGUGAAAGACUGAGGCUUGUUUCUCGCAAUGGCGACACUCUCUCUGAGAUAUGGUUUUAUGUCGCCAAACACCGUCCUAAACAGCUUCUCGGUCUGUUAGAGUAUCUCUGGAAGAACCCAAGGCUCGAUUUCAAAAAAGAUUACACCCUAGAGUCUAAGAUUUACGAGACUAGUGCAAAGGAGCUCUGCAUCGCUGAAUUUUCCCUUACAUGUGGCCUUAACCUAACAUAUCUGCCACUUCCACAACUUCAACAACAGUGCCUGCACUUCAUGAAUGGGGCCAAGAACUUCCCGUUUCUUGAGCUCGAGGAACCAGUGUCUUCGGAGGAGCUCAACGCCAAGUGGAAGUUCCUCCAUACCGAUUUCUGUGUCGGAAUGAAUGAUGACUUUGAGUUUCUUUUUGACAUCUUGCACUGGAUCCACAAAGCAAAACCUAGGUCUUUGUCAGGUAGAGAGAUUGAACUAUUGUUAGACCUAUACGUUGCAAUUGAUGCAAAAAUUCUGAGCACCGUAGAUCAGGAGGCAAGCCGGGACGAUAUUUUGGGUGGUUUUGAUGACCACAUCUUUGUUCCAGGACAAAAUGGGCUCGAGAGAUGCUGGGCUUCUCCUGAAGAGUGCCUGUGGGAUGCACCACCGGCCAUGAUGACAAAGUAUUCACUCAAGCAUCAAUACACACCAUUGUUGAGCAAACACCACAUGAAUCUGCUUCCACAUUUCUUUCAGCAUACUAUAGGUCUUUCAGGAGCCUCCUGGACCGAUUUGACGGGUGAACUUGAGCAUCUGAGAGACAACGACUGUCAAGACUUCGAUCACGUCCUAAGCCUGUACAUAUAUCUAAACGACAUGGUAACCGGACAACUUGCUGACAGUCUCAGACACAAAUUUAGCACCGAAAACCUCAUCUUUGUUGAGAGACAGGGUGUGGUUGGUUGGCACAAGACGUCUGAGUGUUUAUGGUCUAGCACAACUGAGAUUCGUGGCAAAGUGACACUGAAUGAUCAUUAUGAAGACCUUAAGGACUUCUUCAUCAAAACUUUAGGUGUUAAGACGCUAACCUUGCAGAUGGUAUAUGACGAACUCCUACAGACGAGCCCGCAGAAAACACUGGACGAGAUUAAAAACACAAUCUGGUCCUUCAACGCCCUUCUGCAAACGGAAUCAAGCCACGUCAACCCUGAGGCUCUUCUGAAAGCUUCUGUGUUUCCUAUUGAGUAUCAAAAUGGUGCCAAGACCCUUACAUCUGCAUCCACAGAGUUUGCGAUUGCCGACCGAGAGUACCUGGCCACGCGAUUCAGAGGUCGAAUUAAGCUACUCGACUAUAACCUGGCAGAUGUCCGGCGGCUACAGCCCUUCUUCGAGUGGGCAAACCUUACAUAUCGCUAUCUAUCAGCUGCCAUCAGAGAAAUCACUUCUGUCUCGGAAGGCGUUAAAAGACCAAUCUCAGUGGUAAACCGAAAUCUGAAACGAAAGGCACAUGCCCUUCUCCGUAUCGCAGCCACCUUCAAUAGCCCAAGGUAUCAAGUCGACGCAGUCGGGCUCUACCAGAGGCUCUGCAAAGCGGAAGUCGUGGAGACGACCGGUAUAUCCUCGGUCCUACAGAUUUCUCAGGAUGGGCAACUUGCGGAAGUGACGGAAACAAUUGGCGACAUGCACAUCGACGACGGAUCAUCUGGACUUACAAUUUAUGUCCCUAUGGAUAAGAAAGCGCAAGAUUUUUGCUUCGCCUCGCCUCUACCCACACACCUGGCGGACUGGCUGAUGCGAAACCCAACGACCCAGAUCUGUGACAAGGUGGAGAGUGAGCUAAUUACUGCGCUCACCACACUCCUAUACGCUGAUUUUUCGAUUGUGGAUGACAUUCUUGACCGCCAAGGUAUCAUCCAAGUUUCAGUUCCAUACGAAGAUGCGGAGAUCGUAGGGGAUGAUGCUGAGCGGCUUGUCCAUCCCGUGGAUGAAGAUGCUCCAUCUUCACAACAGUAUGAAAUCUCUGACCAGUUACAUACUGAGUCUCUGGAUGAAGAUGAAGCAUCUCCACAAAAAUAUGAAAUUUCCGACCAGUCAGAUACCGAGCCUCUGGAGGAGUCCACGGAAAGCUUGCAAAUUCCAACUCCGUACGAAUCGUCGAACAAUGUUUCGGAGCAGGUUAUCACCCGACAGAGUCGAAUGGCCUCCCACCAAUCAGUAGCGACGUACAUACGCCCAGCGCCGGCGACCUCGGUUGACUUUCCUAGAAGUGCUGAGGAUACGCAAUACCUUCGACUGCUCAACAAGGUAGUACAAGCCGCAAGGAAUGCCCAGUUCCCCUCAAGGGGAGCAUUCGACAUGACUGGCCUCCUCAUCGCCUUGCCCAGAGAAGGCAGCUUUGCCUCAUUUGACGGCUUUGAUGUUGGAGACAGGUUCCGGUCCAGCAGUCAGCUCGAGCGGGACAAGAAGAUCGGCGCUGCAGGCGAGCUAUAUGUAUUCGAGUUACUGUCCUGCCUCAAUCCUCCCCUCCAGGGCUGGAGCCGCGAGAACUGGCAAAGCACGAUACGGCGAUACGUCACAAUCCAUCCAGAAUAUGCAGACAUGCACGACUGGAACGGAAGAGAGACAGCCGAUAUCACCUACAACGACACAGCAGGCGAGCUCACGGCGAUGCUUGCAGACUGUGGUUAUCUUGAAUAUGACGACGACUGGCAAAACGCCAGUCCAAAAUACUACAUUGAAGUCAAGACCACUACAGGGCCGUGCCAUACUCCAUUUUACAUGAGCAAGCACCAGUAUAAACGGAUGAGAGACAUACAUGACGCAAAUGAUUGUUCCGAGGUUUAUAUCAUUCUACGGAUAUUUGGGCUGGAGAGCAACAAUAUUGGCAUGAGCGUAUAUUUUGAUCCAGAGCAGAUGAGACAAUGUGGGCAACUUGCGUUUACGGGUGAAACAUGGUCGGUUGUUCCGGGAGGUAGCUGAAGGGACAUACCCAAGGUAGUACCUACUUCAAAGUGGUUUGUUCUGAGACUGCUGAAUUGGAAAUUUAAUCUUCUGUGGCUGCCAUAUCCCUAAGCCAUUUCCCAUAGUUUGCGUGCACAAGCAAAGAAAACCUUAGGUAAAGUCUGUGUAAAAAUAUUGCUCAGAAUUAAAAAUGUCAAGCAG